AUGGCGGACAUCCAGGAGCUCAAGUCGCUGGCCGCAGCUCGCGAGGCGGCUGGUCAGCCAAUUGACGAGGAUGCCUUUGAGGAGGGCGUCGCUCCCAAGGACAUGAAGACUGCCCACCACAUCCGUGCCAACAGCUCCAUCAUGCAGCUCAACAAGAUCCUCGUGGCCAACAGAGGCGAAAUUCCCAUUCGUAUCUUCAGAACUGCCCACGAGCUUUCACUGCACACUAUCGCGGUAUUCAGUCAUGAAGAUCGUCUCAGCAUGCACAGGCAAAAGGCGGACGAGGCGUACAUGAUUGGCAAGCGGGGCCAGUACACUCCAGUCGGUGCUUACCUCGCUGGUGACGAAAUCAUCAAGAUUGCGGUCGAGCAUGGCGCUCAGAUGAUCCACCCCGGCUAUGGUUUCCUCUCUGAGAACGCCGGAUUCGCGCGCAAUGUUGAAAAGGCUGGCCUUAUCUUCAUUGGACCCUCGCCCGACGUCAUUGAUUCCCUGGGCGACAAGGUCUCUGCUCGCAAGCUCGCGAUCGCCGCAGGCGUUCCUGUCGUGCCCGGUACGGAGGGGGCCGUCGAGAGCUUCGAAGCCGUAAAGGCCUUCACAGACGAGUAUGGCUUUCCCAUCAUCAUCAAGGCCGCCUACGGUGGUGGUGGCCGUGGUAUGCGUGUCGUGCGCGAGCAGUCCAGCCUCAAGGAGCACUUUGAGCGUGCGACUUCCGAGGCCAAGACUGCUUUCGGCAACGGCACCGUCUUCGUUGAGCGCUUCCUCGACAAGCCCAAGCACAUUGAGGUCCAGCUUCUCGGUGACAACCACGGCAACAUUGUCCACUUGUACGAGCGUGACUGCUCCGUCCAGCGCCGUCACCAGAAAGUUGUGGAGAUUGCCCCGGCCAAGGAUCUGCCAGUGGAGACCCGUGAUGCCAUCCUGGCUGAUGCGGUAAAGCUCGCUAAGUCCGUCAACUACCGCAAUGCGGGUACUGCUGAGUUCCUGGUCGACCAGCAAAACCGCUACUACUUUAUCGAGAUCAACCCCCGUAUCCAGGUCGAGCACACAAUCACUGAGGAGAUCACCGGCAUCGACAUUGUCGCCGCUCAGAUCCAGAUUGCUGCGGGCGCCACGUUGGAGCAGCUCGGCCUUACCCAAGACCGCAUCUCCACUCGGGGUUUCGCUAUCCAAUGCCGAAUCACCACCGAGGACCCCGCCAAGCAGUUCCAGCCCGACACAGGCAAGAUUGAGGUUUACCGCUCUGCCGGUGGUAACGGUGUCCGUCUCGACGGCGGCAACGGCUUUGCUGGUGCUGUCAUUACCCCAUACUACGACUCCAUGCUGGUCAAGUGCACAUGCCAUGGCUCCACAUAUGAGAUCGCCCGCCGGAAGGUCCUCCGUGCGCUGAUCGAGUUCCGUGUCCGCGGUGUCAAGACCAACAUUCCCUUUUUGGGCUCCCUGCUGACUCACCCCACUUUCAUCGACGGCAACUGCUGGACAACCUUCAUCGACGACACUCCCCAGCUCUUUGACCUCAUUGGAAGCCAGAACCGUGCCCAGAAGCUGCUUGCCUACCUUGGCGACGUUGCCGUCAACGGCAGCAGCAUCAAGGGCCAAGUCGGCGAGCCCAAGUUCAAGGGUGACUUCAUCCUGCCCGAGCUCCUUGACGGGGCCGGCAACAAGAUUGACACUUCGGAGCCUUGCACCAAGGGAUGGAGACAGAUCUUCCUUGAUCAGGGCCCCAAGGCUUUCGCCAAGGCCGUCCGUCAGAACAAGGGCUGCUUGCUCAUGGAUACCACCUGGCGUGAUGCCCACCAGUCUCUCUUGGCCACUCGUGUUCGCACCGUCGAUCUGCUGGGCAUUGCCAAGGAGACCAGCCAUGCCCUGUCCAACCUCUACAGUCUCGAGUGCUGGGGCGGUGCCACUUUCGACGUUGCCAUGCGCUUCCUCUACGAGGACCCCUGGGACCGUCUUCGCAAGAUGAGAAAGCUUGUGCCCAACAUCCCCUUCCAGAUGCUGCUCCGUGGCGCCAACGGUGUUGCCUACGCCUCGCUGCCUGACAAUGCCAUCGAUCACUUUGUCAAGCAGGCCAAGGACAACGGUGUCGAUAUCUUCAGAGUUUUUGAUGCUUUGAACGACAUUGACCAGCUCGAGGUUGGUAUUAAGGCUGUGCAAAAGGCCGGCGGUAUCUGCGAAGGGACUGUGUGUUACUCAGGCGACAGCAAUUUGAACCCCAAGAAGAAGUACAACCUUGAGUACUACCUCUCCCUUGUGGAGAAGCUUGUCGCCCUCGACAUUGAUGUCCUCGGCAUCAAGGACAUGGCCGGUGUCCUCAAGCCUCAUGCUGCGACUCUUCUCAUUGGCUCGAUUCGCGAGAAGUAUCCUGAUCUGCCCAUUCACGUCCACACUCACGACUCGGCCGGUACUGGUGUUGCUUCCAUGGUUGCUUGCGCCAAGGCUGGUGCCGACGCCGUCGAUGCCGCCACAGAUAGCUUGAGUGGCAUGACCUCGCAGCCAAGCAUCAACGCCAUCAUCGCCUCUCUGGAAGGCUCUGACUUGGACCCUGGCUUGAACCCAGCUCACGUCCGGGCUCUUGACAGCUACUGGCAGCAGCUUCGCCUGCUCUACUCGCCUUUCGAGGCUCAUCUCCCCGGACCUGACCCGGAGGUCUACGAGCACGAAAUUCCUGGUGGUCAAUUGACCAACAUGAUGUUUCAGGCCCAGCAGCUCGGUCUCGGAACUCAAUGGGCCGAGACCAAGAAGGCCUACGAGCACGCCAACGAUCUGCUUGGCGACAUUGUCAAGGUCACGCCGACGUCCAAGGUUGUCGGCGACUUGGCGCAGUUCAUGGUCUCCAACAAGCUGUCCGCUCAGGAUGUUGUUGAUCGCGCCGAGGAGCUCGAUUUCCCUGGUUCCGUCUUGGAGUUCCUGGAAGGAAUGAUGGGCCAGCCAUACGGGGGGUUCCCUGAGCCUCUGCGCUCGAAGGCUCUGCGCAACCGUCGCAAGUUUGAAAAGCGUCCCGGCCUGUACCUCGACCCAGUCGACUUCAAGAAGGUCCGCUCCGAGCUCACUCAGAAAUGGGGCCGUAUCAGCGAAUGCGACCUCGCCUCUCACCUCAUGUACCCGAAGGUCUUUGACGACUACAAGAAGUUUGUUCAGAAGUAUGGCGAUCUGUCUGUUCUGCCCACCAAAUACUUCUUGUCAGCUCCCAAGAUCGAUGAGGAGUUCCACGUCGAGCUGGAGAAGGGCAAGACGUUGAUUCUCAAGCUUCUCGCAGUCGGCCCCUUGUCCGAGUCUACUGGCCAGCGCGAUGUCUUCUUCGAGAUGAACGGCGAAAUGCGCCAGGUCACCGUUGACGACAACAAGGCCAGCGUUGAGAACAUCAGCCGGCCCAAGGCUGAUGCCAGUGACUCGAGCCAGGUCGGCGCCCCCAUGGCCGGUGUUCUUGUCGAGCUUAGAGUGCAGGAGGGAUCGGAGGUCAAGAAGGGCGACCCCUUGGCUGUGCUGAGUGCUAUGAAGAUGGAAAUGGUCAUCUCUGCGCCGCACAACGGAAAGGUCUCGGGUCUGCAGGUUAAGGAGGGCGACUCUGUCGACGGCUCUGACUUGGUCUGCAAGAUCGCCAAGGCAUGA